AGAUGAUUCGAAUUGGGUUCGUAGGUACAGGAACGAUCACCGAAUGCGUUGUCACAGGCCUGUGCUUGAAGGAUGCGGAGGAUCUCUCCAUUACCGUUUCUCCGCGCAACAAGGAGAAGGCCGAGGCUCUUGCUCGUCGCUUCCCUGCUCAAGUUCGUGUUGCCGCGGAAAACCAGCAAGUGCUCGAUCACUCCGACAUCGUCUGCAUUGCCGUCACGCCCCAGCUCGCGCCUGACGUCCUUAGCGCCCUCAACUUUCGUCCGGACCAUGUUGUCGUCUCCUUCAUGUCCACCGUGAGGAUCGAGAGGCUCAAGGAGCUUGUGCGGGGAUCCGACAGACUCUUCCGAGCUGUUCCCAUGCCGCCCUUCGCCAAGCGGGUGGGAGGGAUCCCCCUGCACCCCCCGCACGAUGUCGUAUCCUCGCUCUUCGGGCGGGCGGUCAAAGUGAUCCAGGUGGAGACCGAGGAUGAGCUCAUGACGCUCAUGAGCGUGUCUGGCACCAUGGCUCCCUUCUACCAGCUCCUGGCCACCACCAGCCAGUGGAUAGUGAAGCAGGGAGUCAGCCCCCGUGCGUCGAGUCAGUUCGUGGGAGCCUUGUUCAACUCCUACGCGGAGGACAGCAAAGACCUCGAGCAAGGCUUCGAGGGCAUCACGGCAGAGAGUCAGACCCCCGGGGGCAUCAACGAGCAGGCGCUUCGGGACCUGAAGGCGGCAGGAUGGUACGAGAAGUUCGAGGAGGAGUUGGAUGUGAUCGCGAAGCGAGUGAGGGGGAAGUGAGGGGGAGAAGCGUCACAAGUUCUCGUUCUAUUCGGUUAGAGAAAAAGAAAAGUAUGCAACUG